AUGGGGAAGUUGCUAUUCUACAUGCAAGAAGAGAUAAGGAUGAUGUGUACUACAGUGCAGCCCAGGACCACAAAUGGUAUACCAAACAUUCCAGAAAAACUAUCCAGUCCCGGAAUUCCUGCUCUGGAGGAACAGCCAUCUCCACUGCCCAUUACUCCAACUACAAUAUCAACUGAUAAUGAUGUGCCUAUUCCAACUAUUGACAUUCUAAGAACAAUAGUCUCUCACAAACUCGCUAAAUCCAUAUUCGAAAUCAAUCCUGGAAUGUCAAUCAAAGGGUUAGUUGCAGGAAAGUCAAUAGUUCAGAAUGAACUUGUUGGCGCACUUCAAAAGGAAUUCAGCAAGCGAAUGCCUGACUACGCAGAGGAGUGGUCCUUGGAGGAGCUCGCCAUAAAACUCGGAAGCACUAUGGAUUCUCUUGGCAAGUAUUCGCAGUUGCUUGUCAUUAAUUUGCUAACUAGCAAAUUCCCGAGCAGAUUCACGCUGUCAGUUGCUCGUUCUUAUUUGAUGGAUAAAUACGGGUUGGGUCCUCGUAGACAGGAGGCCGUUCUAUCCUUAUCAGCUACUAUGGAGCCCUCAAGUCGACUUGCAGAUGAGGAUGCAGCUAAAAUCUGGCUGGAUUCGGCAGUCCAGAUAUAUGCUAGACAUGUGGGGCUACCAUUGACAGCUACAGCAAAAAAUAGUGACAAUAAUGGUAUGAGCGCCGGUUCAAUUGUUAUCAAUAGUGCUGAAUUCGACAGGGCUCAGAGGAAUCAAAAGAAUCUCAUCCUUGAGCAAGUAGAGACGCUCGCCAGAUAUGCAGGACUCGAUAUGCGUCAGGGUGCUAGGUCAGCUGAAAAGUACCAGAUGAUGUUUGAUGCAAACAAAGCCCGCCACUAUGACUCAUACUGGAACUGGGCCCGCCAGGAUACGUUUGAAUGGAUUUCUGGCAUCCUGAGCGGAGAGGAGCCAAGUAUGGACCGGGGUACAUACAUGAAACGUAUUCAUAUGCUCAAGAACCGCUCCAAUCCUGGACUGCUUUUGAUGUUGCAAGCACUCAUUUCGACUCUCCAGACCGCUGAUGGCCUGCUCGCACAUCGCGCACUAGAGCAAGCUGAGACCAUCUAUGCAGAAUGUAAGGAGUCAGAAAACUCUGCCCCAGUCUAUAAAGAGCUCUCUACUCCAAUGCGACCAUAUGCUGAAGUUACUUCAAAGGGUGAUAUUGUUGGCUCUGAGAUUCCCAGAGAGGGUGAGCAUUCAAUAUAUGACUAUGUCCAAAAUAUGAAGCGGACUAGCAAUGACGGAUUGCCUCUACUGCAUAUGUAUGAGCAGCAGACUGGGAACACCUGGCCAUACAGCAAGGCUAAUUCUGAAGAAUACUUCAAGUCUAUGGAGGAGGCAGCGAUAAAUGGUAUUUCGUUUGAGGGCAAGUGUGCAUUAGUUACUGGAUGUGGAAUGGGAUCCAUUGGGUUGGGUCUGGUCGAGGGUUUGCUUUCCGGCUGGUGCAAAGUCCGAUUCUUCGAAGAGAUGUACCGAAAGUUUGGUUCUCGUGGAUCCCAGCUAGUCCUUGUCCCAUUCAACCAGGCGUCUUCAUGUGAUGUAGAGGCCCUCAUCCAGUAUAUUUAUGAUAGUGAUGGCCUUGGCUGGGAUCUGGACUAUAUUGCCCCACUCGCCGUGUUCCCAGAAUGUGGCAUGGAUGCAGAGAAUAUCGAUUCUUACUCUGAGCUGACAACUCGCACCCUCCUGACCAAUCUUUUACAGAUGAUUGGCCAGAUUAAGGCGGCUAAGGUAAAGUCUGGGAACACACUGCACACAUCACUACUUGUUUUGCCACACUCGACUAACCAAUGGCUAAUGGGCAGUGAUGGAAUGUAUGUGUCAUGGUCAGAGUAUAUUUCAAUCACUGGCGGCGAGAUCGGAUGCACCCGUAGCACAUACAUGUCAUCUGAUGAAGCGAACAUAUUUGCAUGCAUAGAGGAGAUGGGUAUCUGUACAUUCUCUCAUGAGGAGAUGUCGUUCAACAUACUUUGCCUCCUGUCCCAGCAAAUGGAGGAUAUCGCUCAUGAUUAUCCUUUAAUUGGGAACUUUAAUGGAGGGAUGAUGUCUAUUGACAGCUUUAGGAAUACGUUACUGGAUCGGCGUUUAAUACGAAUGGCAGAUGCCAGUAUAAUGAGACGUAUGCACUACGAUGUAUGUACUGCCAUUUCAAUCGAACAAAAAGAUAGCCCUAUAUAUAUGACGCAUGCAAACAAAACGAUCCCUCGGGCCCAGCACCGGAUUGACUCCCUAUCCAUAAAAUCAUACAAGCAGCUCGAUCACCUAAGAUAUCUGGAAGGCAUGGUUGACUUGGAUAAGAUUGUUGUUGUGACAGGUUUUGGAGAAGUUGGGGCAUUUGGAAAUGCAGCCUUACGCUGGGAACAAGAGGCGCAUGGUGUGUUCUCGAUGGAAGGCUGCAUUGAGUUGGCAUGGAUGAUGGGACUGAUCAAGAGAUUCAGUGGCGAUCAUCCAGGAACAAGGGGCCACUACAUUGGGUGGGUUGAUACAAAGACACAGGAACCAGUGCAUGACAGGGAUGUUAAGGCUAAAUACGAGCCGUAUAUCUUGGAGCACACUGGAAUUCGUGUUGUUGAGCCAGAAGUUUGGGGUGAGGAUGCGGUUGAUAUGAAGUCAUUCAUGCGUGAGCUUCAGAUCGAUCAGGACAUGCCUCCAUUUGAGACCAGCGCCGAGGAAGCAGCCCAUUUCAGGCGGGCUAAUGGUGAGAAAGUUGACACAUGGGAAAACCCUGAUGGAACGUGGUCUGUCAGAUUCCUUAAAGGUGCUGUGGUCCAUGUGCCAAAGGCAACUGAAUAUGGUCCUGCAGUUGCUUCACAAUUACCAACUGGGUGGGAUUCAACUCGACUUGGAAUACCCAAAGACCUUGCACAGAAUAUGGAUAGAGUAAACCAUUACAUGCUUAUUGCUGCGAUGGAGGCCCUCCUUAGAUCAGGGAUAACUGAUCCUUAUGAGCUCUAUCAAUAUUUCCAUGUUUCGAAAGUUGGGCAUGCUGUUGGCUCUUGCUAUGGAGGUACACAGAGCAAUGUCAAUAUGAUACGCAACAGAUAUCUGGAUAAAGGUGUAAGCUCCGAUGUGUUUAUCGAAAGCACUAUCAACAAUAUCAGCGCAUGGCUCAAUAGGCUUUUAUUCUCAGCAUCUGGUCCAUUAAAGCCGACAGUAGGCGCAUGUGCCACUUCAGCCAUUGCACUAGAUCUUGCUGCUGAAUCGAUCAUUCUGGGUAAAGCAGAUGUCAUGAUCGCUGGCGCUGGAGAAGGGUUUGCAAAUGAUACUGCAUAUGAGUUCAAUGUGAUGAGCGCCACAGCAAGUGCCAGUAAUGAGCUAAGAAAGGGGAGAGUCCCACAGGAAAUAUCGAGACCAUGCACAUCUACCAGAUGUGGAUUCACCGAGGGCUAUGGCUCAGCCAUGUCUGCAACUGCUACAGACAAGUCAACGCGCAAUAAUACAGCUCCAGGCCAAGGAAUACUGUCGAUAGGGAGGGGAAACCCUACUCCUUCAGACCAUCAGUUGCUUGACAUUAAUUUCCGGAGGCAGAUGCGCGAUCAGCAAUUAGCAGCACUUGAUACUUUGGCUGGCUGUCAUAUGGUUGAUAAGAUGAAAAACAGGAUGAAAUCAGCAUGGGGCAACGACUUUUACAAAAUGGGCAAAUCAAUAUCACCUCUGCAUGCGGCGCUUGCAACAUGGGGUCUUGAUGCAGAUGAUAUUGGGCUAUCGUCAUUCCAUGGGACGUCCACAGGAGCUGAAUGA